UAAUAUUAUGUAGCUAUAUUAUUGAAAUUGAUAACAAGGAAUACACUUUAUAUAAAUAGAUUAAGGAUGAUAGUAAACCAUUGUUUUUACGAACUAUUUUUUAUUAUUGAUAAAAUGUUAUGAUAAAUUUUUGAGUGCAUCACGUUACCAUCCUGCUCGGCAAAAGACGCAUUUUGAGUGAAUCUUUCGUACGGUAUUUUCGUGUCAACGCUGAAUAAUAGGUUAUGUGAUGAAAGUUCAGCUUAUUGGUAGGGACCAUUAUUGAUAUUUAAUCGUUACUACUGUUAAAAUUUCCAAGAUGUCACAACAUGGAAGUAAAAAUCCACCAUCUGGUAAUUCUCAAAAUGUGACUCUCUCUCAAGAUGGCAGACCGGGACUCAGAAGACCAAUGCCAGAUACACAACAGAGGUUGCUGAAUGGGAGUCCUGGAACUGGUAACCAACAAGUCAGCCCGAAGAAACAGACUGUACAGCUUUCUGUGAAUGCUCCAGAGUUUGUACCGAAGUUCUCUAUCCCACCGCCAAAUGUUGCAUUGCCACAACCCCAGGCGGGUCAAGGGGAUGGUUUAAUGAAGCCUAAUCUGUCCGUCACAGCAGCAGAAUUUGUUCCCAGAGGUCAACCAGCUUACACACAUGUGCAGAACAACUUGUUUGAGGACUUCCAAAGACUUGUGAGCAUCACCCCAUCACAUGUUAGUGCGCCAGCAUCGAAGCCUUCAUCAGAUAAAGUCAUCAAUGGUUUAAAGUCCAUGCUGUUCAACAUGACCAUCCAGCCUGGAAACAUAGAGGAAUAUCUCAGCUCCAUAGUCAAUAUCAUGAAGAACGUCACAGAUGAGACUGUAGUCCGUGAAGUCAUAGAAAUUCUUUUUGAGCAGUGUGUAACAGAACCAAAUUUUCGCUAUACUGGAGCAAGAGUCUGCAAGCACAUGGCUAAAGAACUGAAACAUGUUAGGGUGUUUGCUAAUUUUAGGAACUUAUUCCUCACCAGAUGUAAAGAAGAUUAUCUAAAGAAGGAUGACUGGGCAAUGAGUGCUGAAACCAUCCCUAGGUUGUGUGGAUUCACAAUGUUUAUUGGAGAGCUGUUUCUUAAUCUGGAGGUUGAUAAUCCAGAUGGCACCUCAGAGAAGAUUGGUGUAUUGAGAUUUGUUCUGCGUGAUCUUCUGUUAGCCCUCUUAUCAAAUCCAAAUGACACAACAGUCAAGUCUGUAACACAGCUCUUAAAGCUAACUGGUUCAACAAUAGAAGAUACUGCUCAUUUAAAUGACAAACCGGAGGAGAGAGAUUAUAGCAAGGUCUUUCUACACUUACAAGAGUUAAACAUGUCCCGAGAUCUUAAUCAAACUUCACAUCUGUUGAUUAAGUCAGUUUUAAAUCUUAAAGAAAAUAAUUGGGGGAGGGAGUCAACCUCUUCCAGCUCCUCCCAGCCUGACAGCCAUUCUCAGUCAUACAACCAGGGCUUUGCCACGAAUGAACCAGUAUUCUAUAACCAGCAAGGGCAGACAAUAACACGUGAAGAGGCAGGUUACUAUGACGACUACACAGACUACAUGCUGGAACAGGAAGCAGAAGCUUAUGCCUACAUGCAGGCUGGAGACACUGGAUAUCAGGGCAAUUAUCAGGGCAACAUAAACAAUUAUAACCCCAACCACGGUCGAAGUCAUAAUGGAAACAACUACCAUCAACAAAAUCCAUCAGACUACCAGGCAUGGUCAUCAAAUCCCGAUGAUCUAGCAUAUGAAGAAGACUAUAGAUAUACAAACGUGGCAAACUAUGAGGAAAAUUACAUGGAUGAUGAGAUGGAGGCAGCUUAUGAGGAGUUCUUGCGUGGCCAGAAUCAAGGUCACCGAUGACAUCCCAAGGACAUUUCUAUUUAAUUAUAAUAGGAACAAUACAAUGGUACUGUGUGAUAGUCGGACAUCAUUUUUGUAAAGAGCAGCAGUUCAUUCUUGUAAAGAGCAGCAGUGUUGUGAUAGAAUCCAAGCAUGGGUCAGAACAGGACAUAACACAUUGGAGCAGAUCAUUUCACGGUUGAAUGACUCUGCACUCGAUUUCAAAGAAACAUAUUUGAGCAUGGGAAAGAAAGACUUCAUUAUAAGAUUUAGAUUUACACUCAAAAAAAAAAUAUGUGUAUACUUUUUGUGUUGUGACUACAAUAGAAUGAGCAAGUAAUUAUAACUUCGGAAGAAUCAUUGAACAGUAUCUGUCCUGUAUCAGUUUUUAUAAUGGCAGCAAUUUCAGUUAACAAGGUAUAUAAGGGGGCCAUACUUCCUGAUGUCAGGAUCCAGUAAAUACAAAUUGGUUGGAUGAAAAAUGACUUCCCAUCAAUAAUAUUGGAUAUUCUUUAAAGUGGUCAGUAAAUUGUUAACCAAUGUGCCAACUUAUUCUGUAAAGUGAUAGAAAAGUUUGUACAUUUUCUUUGAAAAGAAAAGAUAAACAUGUACUUCGUUUUUUGUGGUUCAAUUCAGAAUAAUUACUGGAGCAGUUGACAUGUAUUAUCUGGGACUUUUUGCUAUUAUUGUGUCGGACUGUCACACAAAGCACAUUUGUGAAUAUUUAUACAAUUGGUAAACUGAACCAUUUAAUAUCCUCAUAUAUAUGUCUGAUACAUUUGAUAAUUAUUCAUACUUUCCAGAUUGAAUGUUAUUCAAAAAUUUAUACAAUUUGAUGAAUAUUCAAUCAUUUGUCCGUCAGACUAAAUGGAUACAGCAUGAUGGAAUGGAUGUUAUGUCAAUUAAAAAAAAAAAGAGAGUCGGGGGAAAAAUGGUGUGAAAGGGAGAAAAAUGACUUCCAUUUGAUCCUGUUGCUAAAAACUGAUACUUAAAACUAUUUUUGUAUAAUUUGUGUCUGACAUGUAACAAUACCUGCUAUGUGCAUAUUGCUUAUUUGGUUACUAUGUAAACUGUAAAUGAAUGCCCUGAGUUGACUGAAACCAGAACAAGAUAGGGUUAUUACAAUCCUGUUACCUCAAAACAGGUCAUCCCUUAGCACUGCUAAAAAUAAUAACAGAAUUUCCAUGAAGUCCAUGACUCAUAUUUUUUCACCAAUCAGAGAGGCAAGUUGUCGACGGCCAGGUUCCGUCUGUUUUUUAAGAUGAUAAGGUACACUGAAACAUUUCACUAACGAGAAAAAUCUGAAUUUCUGAAGGGUUAACAGAACUGAAUCAAGCUUUUGUAACAUACUCUAAUGAUAAAAAUGAAAUAAAAAGGAAACCAAAUCGGCUUUUAGAGUAAACUGCACAUGAUUGUGACGUGUCAUACAGCUUCAGCAUUGUUGACUGUUUUAAGUUAAAAGAAGGAUUUGGCAACCCUUAAGUUUUGAUAUUCCUCGAGUGGGAAGCUGAGGGAAAUAUCACUUUUCUUGACUAGACAAGUCCUUCUUUUAAUCCAAAACAAUCGACAAUUGUAUCGUGGUGUAUUGUAACAAUGAAUUGUAGUGUACUGUAACAGUGUACCCUAGUUUAUUGGAAUGAUAAAUUGAAGUGUUCUACAACCUAGAACUAUACUGCUGAUAUAUACACCGUAUAACAGUGUACUGUCGUGUUGAACUUCAGUUUAUUGGUGUACAGUAAUGGUUUGCUGUAGUGUAAUAAAGUGCAUCCUUAAUACUCCAGGGGUAACAUUCACUUUCACUAUCUGCAACCCUGGAAUAUGUCAAAGCAAAAUUGAAGGCAGCCAGCUAGCUACUAGAUUGGUCUUCGGUAUAAAAAAACAACACCUGACCAAUGGCUAGGCUGAUUCUAGCCCAAGUUUCCUCUGGCCCCGACACCAGACUUGGACAUUUGGUCUGGUUUGACAUCUAUCAGUCAAAAUGACUUGCUCUGGUAUCGGGUCUGUAGGAAACUCCGGCUAGGCUGAUACCUUGGCCUUUGAAGUAUACGGAGGAGUGACUCCCGACUUUAAAGGCAGACGAUUUGACCAUUAUGUGACCGAGAGAUUCUUUUGAUGUACGUCAAAUGAUCAAACUAAUAAGUAGUCUUCUUGUCUCAUCCAAAAUGUGGUGCACAUUGAGCCUCCUUUUUUGUCAUGACAUAUUCCAAGGGUGCAGUAAGCGAAGGUGAGCGUAAUCCCCGGAGUAUCGAGGAUAACUAAUAAUAGAUAGAAGUAGACUGUUACAUUGCACUGUUAAUUAAAGUUACAUGUAAAAUGUAGUGAACUGUAAAAUUGAACUUCAGUGUAAUGAUGAAGUAUUAUUGUUACGGUGAACUAGAGUUACUGUUAUGGUGAACUACAGUGUAUUAUUGUGCAAUCUGUUAAAAAAUGGACAUUAUAUAUGCAUUCAAAUUUUUCUAAUUCUUUCUAUUAUUGCAUUUAGGAGAGCAUGAAUCCCCCGGAAUCUCAGAGAUGUGUUUUGAUUAUGGCUACCGUUUUUGAUUAUACAAUAGCAGAUAUGUCAAUAGUGCCAGUAGUUGAUGCGUUAAAAUUGUGAAUAUGGUUAACACGUUUAAAAGUGUUGAGAGAUGUAAACAUCUCUUAGCAUUUGAAAGAAAAACAUAUUUACAAUAUGCAGCAUUGAAAAUAUUAGUGCUAAAACAAAAUCCCUGUUUCAAUUAAGUUAAAAAUUGCAGUACUUGUGUUUGUAAAUACUGUACAUGUUUUGUUGCAUUAUGCAGAAACACUAGUACAGAAUCAGAUAGGCCAUCAACAUAAAAUAUUUAUAAUUUAUUGCUCAUGUCCGCAAUCAUUCUCUUGUAAAAACACAUACUUUUUCUCCAAUUUUGUCCAAGUGCUAGCAAUCAGUGCAUUUAAAUAAAAGAUGCUCACAUCCUUUAAAAUGUGUGUGUAAGGAACAUGACAUUAAAAAAAAUAAUAAAAUUUCCUAUUAAAUGAG